AUGGACGAACAAAAACGACCAAUAUUUAUCGCACGACACAAGACAUUAGAACGUGCGGUGAAGUCGUUUGAAACUGAACAAAGAAAUAUUCUUUCAUCACCGGUUGAAUUAAACAGAUUUGAUGAAUUUACAAGUUUGGAUAUAGAAACUACCGAGAAUAUGGAACAACUGUGUGGAGAAAUUCGAGUGGUGUUCACUAAAAUACGUGGAUAUCCUUCAACUACGCAACAAGAUGCAAUGGUAGGUCGCGAGAAUGCGUUUAAUGUUCAUGCAUCAUUUUCGUUGCCGAAGAUAGAGCUUCCAAAAUUCGACGGUAGUCUUAUCAACUGGUUCACUUUUCGCGAUAUGUUCACCUCACUAGUGUAUGAAAAUCGGUCAAUAACGGAUGUAGAGCGCUUUCAUUAUUUGGUGUCUUGUUUAUCAGGAUCGGCUUUGAACAUUGUCAAGUCGGUUCCGCUAACUUCGGAUAAUUACGCAAUCGCCUGGUGUGCGCUUCGGAAUCGUUAUGAUAACAAACGACUUCUUGCGAUAGCACAUUGUGAUAAAUUAUUUUCGUUUGGACGCUUACAACAGGAAUCGGUAUCUUCGUUAUUAUCAGUUUUCAAUACCUUUCGCGAGAAUGUGGCCGCGAUGAAGGCACUCGGUACCGUUGAUUUGUCUGGAUUCUUGCUAUUCUAUAUCGGUGCCCGUAUUAUUGACCCUGAUACUCGUCGAUUAUUUGAAACAAGUUUACCUCAAGAAAGAAUACCAAGCCUGGAUGAGUUAUUGGAUUUUGCCGACAAUCGAUGUAAAAUAUUUGAAAAUUUCGGCGCAAACACGACUACGCUGUCAGUAGGUAACAGUAGUUCUAGGAAGGGCAAGGGUAGCCAGACGCCCGUGAAGACUUCAUUAUCGACUACUGCCACUUCCAGGAACAAAUGUUCAUUUGGCGAGCGUGAUCACCCGUUAUUUCGUUGUUUAGCGUUCAAGAAGAAAACUGUGGUGGAACGGCGGGAGUUUGUCACUAAUAAUGAACUAUAUUUUGUUUGUCUACGUCCGAAUCAUGAAGAAAACUCUUGCAAGUCGGAGUACUUAUGCAAACUUUGUGAAGGACGACAUAGUGUACUGCUCCAUGUAGAUUGA